AUGAACCCCUUCGCCUGGUACCCGCCGCCUCCGCCAGGGCUGCCCCCACCGGGCAUCCCGCCGCCCUUCUUUUGCCCGCCGCCCUCCUGGGACGCGAGCUUCUGGGCUGCCCCCGUGCCCUUCCCCCCGCCCGGCCGCUACCCUCCGCCCGACAGCACCUACGCGUCCGCCGAGUCCUACUCGCAGCCCAAGAACUACUCCCAGCCCGCCGAGUCUUACUCGCAACCCGCCGAGAGCUACCCGCCCGCUGAGAGCUACUCGGAUCCCGCCCAGAGCAUCCCUCCCGCCGAGAGCUACUCCCAGCCUGCCGAGAGCUAUCCCCAGCCUGCCCAGAACUACUCGCAGCCCGAGGGCUACCCCCAGCCCGCCGAGGGCUACCCGCCGGCUCAGAGCUACCCGCAGCCCGAGAGCUUCCUUCCCCCUCAGAGCUACACGCCGCCGGCCGCCUGGUUCCCGCCGGCCUACGGAGCGCGCCCGCAGGGCCCGCACGCUGGUGGAAAUGGUAAUUUCUCCCAGAAAUGGCAGGGCAAGCAAGCGCCUGCGUUUAGUAAACAUUGCCCAGAAGAAAAUAACAAGCCAAAGACCAAAAAGAAAAAAGAGCCUGUUUUCUCUCAUUACUGUGAUACCUGUGACCGUGGCUAUAAAAACCAGGAGAAGUAUGAUGAACACAUUUCACAGCAUAAACAGUGCUCAGAAGAAGGUUGCAAUUUCAGUGCCCAUGAGAAGAUCGUUCAGAUACACUGGAAGAAUGCACAUGCACCUGGUGCUAAAAGAAUAAAAUUAGAUAGUCCAGAAGAGAUUGCUAGAUGGAGAGAAGAAAGAAAAAGAAAUUUUCCUACGUUGGCAAACAUUGAAAAGAAGAAGGAAAUCCAGACGCAGAAGGAGGAAAGGGGAGAAGUGCUGACUACCCAGCAGUUUGGCAAAAUGAAGGGGAUGUGGAAACCUCCAGAAAAUGGAGAGGCUCUUGGGCAUCAACGAAGACACAGAAAAAGACAAUGGCGCCCAUUCUGGAAGAAAUUUAGGAAAAAUGGCAGCAAUUUUCAUGAACCUAUAACUCAAAAUGAAACCAAUGGACCAGAAAACAGCACAUGUGAAAAGGAGCAUGAUAAGCAAAAUGCUUUGGGAGACCAAGCAUAUGAGAAAGACGUGGACCCUCUUGGUCUUCUGGCAAAUGGUGAUGUUGAAUCUGACAAGGAUGAGGCAGCUGAGGAAGACGGGAGACUGGGAAUGACAGUUGUCCCCAGGCAGGUGACCUCUGCCCUUAGCGCGCUGUCGGUCAACUAUGGCAGUGCAUCUGACAGCGAGCCCGAAGAAUUCCCUGUCAAGACUGCAACAAAAGCUGAGAAAAACCAGGCUGUGCUCAGAAAUACGCCUCAAACUACUCCUGCUCCUCAGAGUCAGAAACCAAAUCCAAACCGCCCAGAAUGUGCAGGCACGACGUUAAGGAGCUCGAAUUCAAAUGCACAUCCCCCCAGAAGGCCUGAUAAGCGGGGCAGGAAAACAUUACCUCGCCUUCCCAAGCGCCGUCCAACUCUGCUGGAAAUGUUACUGGCCCAGGACAUCCGACACGAAAGGAAUGUGAUCUUGCAGUGUGUUCGAUACCUCAUCAGAAAUAACAUGUUUGGACUUCAUCUUAAAACAGAACCACAGGCUGAAGCAGAAACUGAACAGUCCUCUACCCCUACAGCAGAGCCUUCUAUGGACAAACCCGAUGAAUCUAAUUGUUCUUGUAGCUCUGACCUUCAGUUAGAAGGAGGACAAGAAGAUGCAUUAUUAAUAGCCCAGGGUGAGAAAGAACCUGUGGAUCAGACUUCACAGAUGGCUCAGUUGGCAGAUGAGGACACAUGGGAAACCCCAUCAAUUCAGUGUGAAGGAGCACCAUAGAGGAUGUCUGUUAUGGACAGUAAAGCAAAGGCUCACAUUUUCUACCCAACUGAUGCUUUUUGAAAGACAUCAGUGUAACAAAAAAAUCAUUAAAGUGCAUACUGAGAGCUGUU